AGAGCUUGGGCCCUGGAUAACAGACUCCUUCACCUCCAGCCCCACUCCCAGCACCAGCAUGAAUGAACGCAUGAACACCACUGUAAUCUUCGAUGGCAUCCGCUUCCCAGGGUUCAUUCACACUCUGGAGUCCCUGAAAGCGGCCUCUGCUUUCCAGUUCCAGGACAAAGACGUCCUCUUGGUGACAUUCCCCAAGUCAGGUACCACAUGGAUGCAGCAAGUGCUGAGCCUUAUCUUCUGUGAGGGCCACCUGUGGCCUAUCCACCACCUCCCCAACUGGGCCCGCGUGCCUUGGAUAGAGCAAGUCUCCUUUAGCCAACUCGUUCACGAGCUUAGAAGUUCCUGGCCUCGUCUGUUCACCUCCCACCUGAGUGCCAAAGUCCUGGCCCCGGCUCUGAUGAAGUCCAAAGUCAAGGUGGUGUACGUGGCACGGAACCCCAAGGACACCCUUGUUUCCUACUACCACUUCCACCGAAUCGCAGGCUUCAUGCCCGACCCCAGCUCCUUCGAAGACUUUGUGGAUGAGUUUCUUGAGGGUACAGGCUUCUUCGGUUCCUGGUUCGACCAUGUGAAGGGGUGGCUGGGCCUCCAGAAGGACCUAAAUUUGCUCUUUGUCACCUAUGAGGAGCUGCACCAGGAACCCCGCCGUACCAUCCAGAAGUUAAGUGAAUUCCUGGAGCGCCCCCUGCGGCCAGAAGAGGAAGAUGUCAUACUCCAGCACUGCAGCUUCUCCUUCAUGAGUCAGAGCAACAUGGUCAACUACAGCCUUUUGUCCAACGAGAUCAUGGACCAAAGAAAGGGCAAGUUCCUGAGGAAAGGCCAUCUGCCCUUACUCUACCAGGUGUUGUGGGGGACUGGAGGGAACACUUUACUCCUGAAUUGAAUAAGAAGUUCAACGCUGUCUACCAGUCCAAGAUGGGUGACUCUGGUCUCUGCCUCCCCUGGACCAUGGACUGACCCUUCUGACCCAUCUGGCCUAUUCGCACGGACCUGUCCUCCUACUCUGCUAUGCCCCUGAUCUAGCAA